GAGGAGGGGAGGGGACGAGACAAGCAAGGGAGGACCAGUACGAAGAGAGAGAGAGAGAGAGAGAGAGAGAGAGAGAGAGAGAGAGAGAGAGAGAGAGAGAGAGAGAGAGAGAGAGAGAGAGGCAGAGACGGAGGUCCACAGACAGCAGUGGCGUGCAGAGUGCAGCAUGCAGACUGGCCAUUGACGCUGCUGCUGCUGCUGCUGCUGGAUUGAAACACACACAUGCACAGUCACACACACCCCUGAGGAGUGUAUGAGACAUGCCCAGGCUGCCGUCCAUGGACACACACAUACUGGCAGGGCACCAGAGAGGAAAUACAGCAACAGACCCACAAGCCUGAGGAGCUAUGGAGAGCAGCAUGUUCUUUGGUAACACAUGUCAGAAUGGCCUCUUGCCUGCCCUGGUGCGUCCCACCCUGCCUGCUGUCCAGACUUCACUGGGAAUGAAGCAGUUUCUCCCGUUUCCAUUGGAUACGGCCUCAGCGGUGCGCCUCUUCCCGGGAUUCAGCGCGAUGGACCCGGUGCAGAAAGCUGUCCUCCAUCACACUCUCGGCCUCCCUCCCACCGCAAAGAGGAAGCACGUCUCUUGCAGCGUUUGCCAGCUUAGGUUCAACUCGCAGAGCCAGGCCUUGGCCCACUACAAGGGUACCAAACAUGCCAAGAAGCUAAAAGCCCUGGACGCUCCGAAGACCAAGCUCAAAGGCUCAGUGGUCACCAAGGAAACCACCAACCAGGAGAUCGCCAAGGGCAUCAACACCUCGCAGGUCCCUAACGGCACCGACAGGAAAGAUGCCAUUCCCGGAGCAGCACCCCUCCCGCUAUCCCCUGUGCUCAGACUGGCACAACCCUUGACGCCCUUGAUGACCCUCACGACGCCAACGUCGGCACCUGCGGCCUCCCCGAUAGCCCCGAGCACCACGUCGACCACAGCCCCAGAGACUACCUCAGCUGCCGGAGGGGACGAGAGACCGCCAGAGCUCAACUCACCCUCAGAACCGGACCUGGAGACGGAGGCCGAACCUGAGGCGGACACUGACCCGGAAACAGAGGAGGAGAAAGCUCGGCGUCUUCUGUACUGCUCGCUGUGCAAAGUGGCGGUCAACUCGGCGUCGCAGCUCGAGGCUCACAACAGCGGUACGAAGCACAAGACGAUGCUCGAGGCCAGGACUGGCGUGGGAUCCAUCAAGUCUUUCCCCCGGCCGGGAGUCAAAAGCAAACUGGCUACAACCACCAAAUCGUCGACGGGCCUGCAGAACAAAACCUUUUACUGUGAGACGUGCGAUGUGCAUGUCAACUCAGAGACUCAGCUAAAACAGCACAUCAGCAGCCGGCGCCAUAAAGACAGAGCAGCAGGUAAACCAGCGAAACCUAAAUACAGCCCCUACAGCAAACCGCAGAAAGGCCAGACCAAGCAGCCGAUAAAGGUAUCCCUGGGUAAGGAGCGUCAGUGUCAGCCUCUGACUGCGCAGAUCAUACCCGCUCACCUGGCUGCGAUCGCAGCAGCCGCCGCCUCCACCCUCGGCAACUCUUUCGCACACCGAACGAACCACGUCCCUAACCAUGCCCCGACCCCUGCCCUCUUCCAAACACAGACCCUCCAAGCUGCAUUGCUCCGCCCGGCCCCAGGGCCUGUCAGGACCUCCCACCCACAAGUCCUAUUUGCCCCUUAUUGACCUGUUUGACCUGGGGUGGUUUCUGCGCCGCCUCCUGUCAAGGACCACAACCAUGUGCUUCACAACGACCAGGCCAAGGAGUCACGGCAACGUCUUGUACUCCUUUUAUGCAUCCGGGAUACUGAACAUCUUCAUACUGUGAUCGGACCUUCACCAUGUCAUGGAUUAUCCCACGUUUAAAGCUAAACCGGACUGCAGAGAAGCAUCGGGCGCUUUCUCCCAAACAGAUUUAUUUCUCUAUUCACACUGAAAACCUGGGCCACAUUACACAUGCUCCCCAUGCCAUACUGCAGCCCAUAACUCACACCCCGGACCCCAGACUUGGACCUACAUUGUACCGCAAUAAUGUAUAAGACUAACCCUGUGAACUAUGCAGUGUCAUUACUUCACGAUGCAAGGCACAGUUUGAGCUAAAAUACGGUAGGGAUAUGCUUUUUGUAAAGAUACAGCGUGGCACUAAGAUCAUUGCUUUGGUGGAGGAUUACUGUCGCUCCUAAUUUAAAAAAAGGCUGUUACUGAUCAUAAGAGCGAGCAAAGGCCCUCCUCUGUUCCUGUAUGCACUUUAAGCCCCUCCUCUGUUGAUGUCUACAUUAGAUGGCUAGACUGUGUUAGAUCGUUAGAGUACGUGUCGUAAUGUGCGUUUUUUGUAUCUGUCCUUGCAUAUCUGUAUGUGUGUGUGUGUGUGUGUGCAAAUGUGUACUUCGGCAUGUUUGUCCAUGUAUGAGAGUGUGUGUAUUUAGAUAUGUGUGCCUGUAUAUGUGUGUGUGUGAGAGAGAGAGAGCUUCCCAUCCGCCAUAAAGCCAUCCUAGUCGAUAUCCAGCACACAUUGUCACUGACCAUGUCUCAGGCCAGAGGGACCACAAAGGCUUGUGUAUAUUAACUGUCAGUGUGUUAAAGGUGAACAAUUUCAAAUAAAAAGAGUCCUAAUUUGUCAA